CCAUCUGCUCGAGACUCUUUGCCCAUCCAGCCGCUCAGUGUUUGUGGCUAGUGUAAGGGUGCCUAAGAGAAGAUCGCAACUUCAGAAAGCUUGGUUUCCCUCAUAUCGGGACGCGUAUACCAGCUUUUUCGUGCUUCUCGCCCGAGCAACGACAUCUUUUGAAGAUCGCAACCCGUCUCCUCCUACCCCUGCACUCUCUGAGACGCUUCGAUGUCACUCUACCCGCAGAGCACUGCGUAUAACCAGAUGGCGUAUCCGCCUCAGGGUUAUGGCGCCCCGGUACCACCUCCAAACGCCUAUUAUCCUCCUCCACCUGCGCCCCAGCCCGUCUACCAGCAUUUCGACCCCAACACAUUCCGCCGUGACUAUGCCACUCGGCUUUCUAAUCUCACAGUAAAUUCCAGACCCAUCAUCCAGAGUCUGUCGAUGAUUGCACAGGAGUUCACCCGGUUCGCCGAUGUGGUCGUACAAUGUAUCGAGCAACAUAUCCGUCGGGUGCCGGCAUGGAUGAAGCUGCCCGCGUUCUAUCUGCUAGACGCCAUCUCCAAGAAUGUCUACGAUCCCUAUGCACGCCACUUCAGUCCCGUCGUCGCCAACCUCUUCAUCGAGACGUACGAGGCCGUCGAUCCCACGACUCGCAGUAAGAUGGAGGAGAUGCUCUUGACCUGGCGUAACGGCGCUCCGAACAACCGGGAGCUUUUCGGCGUAGUGCCUCAGCUCGCCAUCGAGCAGCACAUCUGGGGUAGCGGCGCUAGCCACAACGCUGUACGUACCUCUCGCCGACGACCCAAGCGUACCCCUCAUAAACGUGCGGAUCAGUCCGGGAGUCGCGCGACGAAUACAUCCGCCAUAUCCCAAGCGCAAGUCCUUAGCGAAUUGGAGUUUGUUCUCGCGCAGAAGGAGCGUACCGUGCAAUCCAACCCGUACGACAAGACCACCCAGCAUCACGUCAAUAUCCUACAGCAGCUCCGCUCACUUGUUCAGGUCGGCGUCUCGCAAGAGGAGCUCAAGCAAAUCUUGGCCCAACUUCGUGCACUCGCUACCACCGCGACCCCGGCAAUGCCACCUCCCGCCCCCGCCCCUGCUCCUGCCCACUACGCCUCCGCUCCCUCAUACGCCCCUCCCCCUCCAAUGCCCCCCGCCCCUCCUCCCGCUCCUCAGCAUAGUUACGCCCAACAUUCCUACUCUGUUCCACCUGAGCAGCCGAAGGUUGAGCAAAUAGAUCUGUCUCGGUUCUUGACCUCUCAGCCCGCCCCUACGGCGUCGACGUCGACUGCCGCACCCGUAAGCGACAUAACGAAUCUGUUCAAUGCGCUCGUCAAGGCUGGCGUGGUUGGAACUCCCACUAACGCGGGCGCUACCUCCAAGUCCGAGGAGCGAGUGUCUUCGGUCGAUCCGCAGCGUGAGGCAGUACGCGCCUACCGCAAGUCGGUGCUUUCUCACAAGAUCAAGCUCACGAGUUCUGACAUCACAAGACAACGCCCGCCUAUCGUCAACUUGCUCUACCAGAACCUUCCCACUCAGUGCAAGCAGUGUGCCGUGCGCUUUCCCGGCGACGCCCGUGGGAAGAAGCUUCUCGAGGACCACCUCGACAUGCACUUCAGGCAGAAUCGCAAGGCAAGUCAAGCGAUCGGGCGUGGCCACAGUCGCAGCUGGUUCGUCACUCUAGAGGACUGGGUUCAUAGCGACUCCGUCGAUGUGAAGGGCAAGGGUCGCGCCGAUGGUCGAUCGCUAACAUCUAAGGCUGCUGUAGCGGAGGAGGCCGCUAAGCGUGAGGCGGAGUUGCGCGCGAUGCAUGUCGUUGUCCCGCCUGGCGAUGAAGCGAAGCCAAUAUCAUGUCCGAUCUGUAAGGAGCAUUUGAAGAGCGAGUUCCUUGAAGACGACGAGGAGUGGGUGUGGCGAAACGCGGUCAAGAAGGACGACAGGAUAUAUCAUGCGACCUGCCACGCAGAGGCGGUCGCGUCGAAGUCGACUCUAGCGGUUCGCUUGCGGAACGAGACGUCGAGCCGGAGUCGUUCGCAUACCCCGGAGACGCCUAAGGACUACCUCCUUUCAGAGUCACCGUCGCCGUCCAGGCGCGCAGGGCUGAAACGUAAGGCUGAGGACGAGUCCGCGAAUCCCGCGACGAACGAGAUGGACGCGCCGCAGGUGAAGAGAGUGGCGACAUGAUACCGAUAUUCACAGGUGAAUAUUAUACGGCCUCGGACUCGCGUCGUGGACAGUCCGCACAUUAGACUUCUUUAUGUUUUCUUUAUACGGUCGCUGCGCAUUGUACUGUAUGCCACGCAAGGAAUUAUCAUCGCA